UAUCUCUCAUUCUUUACAAAAUUCUCUCCCACCCCACAAGUAAAGCACCUUUCCCUUUUUCAGCACUCCAUAAAACUCUCUCUCUCUCUCUCUCUCUCUCUCUCUCUCUCUCUCUCAACUCAAGUGUGUACUUUCUCUUUCUUUUUCUAUAUCCUAGAUUUCUGUGCAUUUUGUUGGGAUCUAUAACUUCAUAAUGAGUUUCACCGUAGAAACCAACACUAACAUUUCCAACACACAUUCAUCACCAUCUUCUGCAAUUGUCACACACCACCACUACCACAACAACACCAAAAACAACCUCAAAUUUCGACACUUUCUGCGAAAAAUGAUCUGGGAAUUCGGUUUUUCAUGUGUUGGUGUUAAGAACCCAUCAAGAAAAACCCACAAAAACGAUGAAAAAGGUCACAAAACAACUACUUCAGAACACAACAAAGCAUGGUUGUUAGCUGAGUCUGGUGGGUGUGGAGCAGAAUUGAUGAACAAUGCAGAACCACAAUCUGUUCAUUCUAGUUUCAGGUUUAGUUUCUGUUCUCAAGUUGAGUUGGAAAGUUUGAAUUUGAGUUCUUCAAAUGCUGCAACUGUUUUGAUGGUGAAUUUGGAUAAUGGGGUUAGUGAAUCUCUUGUUAAGGAGUUGAAGUUGAGGAGAAUUGAGUCUUUGGAGAAAACUAUUUCUCCUGUUGCUCAUUCUUUGGUUAGGUUUAGUUAUGGUGAGAUUGUGUAUGCUACUAGGAAUUUCUCUAAAGGUAGGGUGUUGGGGAGAGGUGCAUUGAGCUGUGUUUUUAGGGGAAGAGUUGGGCUGUUGAGAACUGCUGUAGCAAUUAAGCAGUUGGACAAGGAAGAUAAGGAAUCUGCGAAGGCCUUUUGUAGAGAAUUGAUGAUUGCUAGUUCUCUUCAUAGUCCAAAUAUUGUUCCUCUUGUUGGUUUUUGUAUUGACCCUGAGGAGGGUUUGUUUUUGGUGUACAAGUAUGUCUCAGGAGGAAGCUUGGAGCGCCACUUGCAUGGGAGGAAGAAAGGUGGGAAGGGUAGUUCAACACUCCCUUGGUCUGUUAGGUACAAGGUUGCAGUUGGGAUUGCAGAAGCUAUGGCUUAUCUGCAUAAUGGAACUGAAAGAUGUGUUGUUCAUAGAGACAUUAAGCCCUCUAACAUUCUUCUUUCUUCUAAGAAGGCUCCGAAGUUAUGUGAUUUCGGACUAGCUACAUGGACUUCUGCACCUUCAGUUCCUUUCCUUUGCAAAACCGUCAAAGGAACAUUUGGAUAUUUGGCCCCUGAGUACUUCCAACACGGGAAAGUAUCCGAUAAGACUGAUGUUUAUGCUUUUGGAGUGGUUUUAUUGGAACUCAUUACUGGACGGAAACCUAUUGAAACGAAAAGGUCUCCGGGAGAGGAGAAUCUAGUCUUAUGGGCUAAACCAUAUUUACAAAAGGGGAAAGGAGCCAUUGAAGAGUUGCUCGAUCCUCAACUGAAGUGCAAUUUGAGAUUCUCAAAUCAAAUCGGCAGAAUGAUUGAAGCUGCAGCUGCUUGUCUAACAAAUGAAGAAUCUAGGAGACCUAGCAUACAUGAGAUUAUUGCCAUACUGAAAGGUGAAGAAGAACCUGUUGUCUCCAAAAGAAAAAAGUCAAGUUUUCUUGGAAAUGGGUGCGUGAUCGAUUGUUAUUCUCAAUUACAACAACCGAAUAACGAGAUGAAAAGUCACCUGGCUUUGGCAAUGCUCGGAGUUUCAGAGUUUGAGGAUGAUGAUUAUCUCUACGUAUGUUAGUUAAAACAUGAUGAUGAGACCUCAAAGUAACUUUAGAUUUUGACUUGAUUCUUGCUAGAGUGCUAAAGGUUAGAUGUGAGGGAGUUGAAGUUGUAAAUAGAAAUAGGAGCUGAGAGGAAGAUUGCUUGUGUGUAGAUAUCUUCCCUUUACCUUUUCUCAAAGGUUACAAAGUUUUACAGAUUUUCAUAAUUCAGAUUUUGAUUUCGUGUUGACGCAAUUACUGAUCUCAACUGUCCAAUAUCAAAUGAACAGGCGAGAUCGUUUAAAGUUGUUUUGUUAUUGUGUAAUCUGAGAUGUCUGAUUUCAGAUUAAUGGUCAAGAUCGUUUAUUGCGUAAAGCUACUUGAAAUAACUUCUGCAAGCGAUCCCGGUCUGUUUGAUUCAUGUUGUAAAAUUAUGCACUAUGAUCCUUUUAAGUUUUAGGCUCACAAGCGUGCAUGUUUUAGGUGGAAUAUGAGUUAAUAGUUUUCAGCAUA